UGAUAAGUAAAAGCAACAAAGUAUUAAAGACAGUUAUAAAGCAUCGAUCAUGUGCAACAUGCAAAUGGUGGAAAAGAAAUAGGCCAGGUCAGAGAAUAAGGUCUCACAGAUGUGUUUGGAACCACCGAGGCAGUGCUAAGAUGAUGGAGAGUGAGGCUUGACUGCUUGCACUGAAAGAAAUGACCAGUCAAGACAUUUGUCAACAAUGACCUAUCUCCUGGACACUUCUGUGAUGCUUAUGCAGAGAAGAUGGAUGCUGACAGGAUCAAGAGGAUGGAGCGGGCCAAAUUACCAGAGAGAAAGAGAAGAAGUCUGAUGUUGAAGGAAGAGAGAUCAACCUCAAAGGGAGGAAAUGAAGCACUGGAAGGAUUGUCCUAUCAGUCUGAAAUAGGACUUUCUGUAAAUGAUGAAGAUAUAGAAAGUAUCCCUGAGCCUGUACCAAAACCCAGCUUUUGCUCUUCCACAAAGUUGAAGCACUGCCCUUCACCAAAUGUUGUCAUUUUAGAUCUGGAAACCACUGGCCUGAUUCAGCAUGGCAUCAUGCCCCACAUCACCCAGAUUGCUGCUGUAAAUAGGAAUACAAAGGAGCAGUUUUCUAGAUAUGUGGCUCCAGACCUGCCCAUUACACCAAUGGCGGAAAAGGUCACCAACAAAACCUGGAGUGGUGGAGUUCUGUGUUACCGUGGUGAGCCAGUUGAUUUUGUGAGAAUAAAGUCGGCACUGGAGGAUUUCUUGGAGUGGUUAGAGAAAUUCCCCAGCAUAGUAAUGGUGGCACACAACGGCCGAACAUUCGAUUUUCGAGUAUUAUGCAGGGCAUUUUAUAGAUGUGGUUUACAAGAGAGAUUUUGCUCGAAAGUUGCAGCAUUUUGUGACUCACUUACUCUUUUCAGACAAAAGUACCCUAAACUUGAUAAGUAUAAGCAAGAGUUUCUGGCACAACAUUUUUGUGGUCAUGCUUACAAUGCCCAUAAUGCUCUUGAUGAUGUUGCCAUGCUAGAUGAAAUUAUUGAAGCUGGACUUGUCUCUGUUUCAGACUUUAAAAAACAUUCGUACGAUACAGAAUGCCAAUUUAUUCAAGAAGAAUUUAAUUUCUGUAAAUCAAAAAACGUUGCUUCGCUUCGCCCUCUUAUUGGUGAAAAAAUAAUGAAAUCAUGCACGGUAGAAAAUAUUGCUGGAUCUGGACUGAAUCUGGGACACUUGAGACUGAUAUUCAAGAGAAGUGGUGAAGAUGGACUGGUUAAUGUGUUUUCCAUGAAAAAUAGCUUAGGGAAACCAAGAGUCAUAUCAGACAAAAAAGUGUUAGGAGAAUGUAUUCCAAAACUAUGUGCAUAUUUUAGCAAAUGAUAUGUUAUUAUGUGUAAAAUUGUAUAAUCAAUGUCAAAUGUCCAUUCAAGCAAUACAAACU